CAUUAGACCAUUUCAUUUCGAUACAAUACGAUCAGUUUUGGUUCGUCUUCUCUUCGAGAGGAAGCUUUGAUUUGAUCGUAAUCGAUAGAUUGUUAUUGUUGAUUAAGAGAGUUGAGUUUUUUUGUGAUCGGAGGUGAUGGAUUGGGGAAGUGUGACGGCUGAAGAUCUCGUCGAUGCUCUCCGAGAGGUUGAUUGGUCGUCGCCGCCGCGUCCGCUGUCUGAGUUCUUCUCAAGGUUCACCGUUCCUAAAUCUCUCGCUAAAUGGGACAGCCGCCUCAAGUGCAAUCUCUACUAUUACCGAACGAACUACUUCAUCAUGAUCGUCUUUAUACUUGGAUUGGGAUUUCUUACAAGGCCUCUCGCCAUUCUCUCUGCCUUUUUGACUGCAGUAACUGUGGCAUUUCUUAAUGACAGCUUUGCAGGUUCCUUUAGUGAGAAGGCCACACGAACCAUCAGAAGUUUCUCCCCACAGUUAGCUGCUAAAAUGAGACCUCCAUUGGCGUAUGUUUCUUUGCUUCCCUCUCCUUCCUUCCUUGCUUGCUUGCUUAUCAUCUGUUUAUACUUGGUCUUAUAUAGGCCUGUCAUUCGUGGACGCCCAUCAGCAAAGAGAGCAAUCUAUAUCUGUGGCCAACCCCGUUGGGUCUUUGUCUUGAUAUCCUCACUUGUGAGUUUUGCCCUUUGGUAUAUUUCAUGUGGUUUGUUCACCGUCUCUUUGGCACUACUCAUUGGGCUUCUUGCUACAAUUCUUCAUGCAACCUUGAGAACACCCAACUUGAAGGCACGUCUUAACACCUUCAGGGAGGAAUUUCGAGCAGUGUGGCGUAACUACAGUGAGAUCUAGAGUAAUGUAAGCUCGAGCAGAGUAUUGCUGUUGCUGUAAGCUUUGAUUUUUUUAGCUCCAUGACUCGGAUUAUCUGUUACUUGAUUUGGUUUCUGCUUUCUGUAGCAGUCUUUUUGUUUCAGCACUUGUAAAGCUAGCUUUUUUUGCUGUAGUUGUUUUCCCCGGACCCCUAUAUGAUGAAUUACUAUAAAAUCCUAGAGUCGUUUGAGAGCGUGCAUUUUCCU